UGCCCCAUGCUUGACUCUUGAAGAGUAAGGCUCCAAGGGGAAGCAGAGUUGUAGCAGUGAUGGACAAGAAGAUCGUAAAAGGCGUUGUCAUAGUCGAACCUGAGUGGGCUGAUGGUUUGCUGAUUUAUACCCAGAAUCAUUGUCGAUUGGCCACCAUCAUUAUAUGGGCAAUGGAACUCUUGAAUGUAGAAUUGUAGAUAUCCGACAGAGGGACAGCGUUACGUCAGCAGCAUGACCCCUUACCGAGAGGGGAGCUCAGGCCAGUGACAAUACCACUGCGGGGCAUACUCCGUGCCCCCAAAAGAAGCCCAAGGGACCUGAAGAUGACGCGCCCGGCUUUGGGGGAUCUGACACCUGCUAAGUUCUGGGCGCUGAGGUCUGUUUCUUCCUGGGGGGGCCUCUCGGGUCUUUUAACUCACUAUUAUGCAAUCGCUUCGUUCCGCCCGCCAACGCUCCCAAGAGGGCUUCCGUCAUCAAACCUGUCAAGUCCCCCCUCUCCUCCCUCUUCUCUUCUCCUCCCAAAAAAACAUGGCCAUACCUAGUAAUGACCACUCCAGCGCCCAUUGUGCAUCUUCAACGUUCUUCGCCGAUGCCUCUUGAGCCCCCACGAGGAUCUCACCAUGGGACAAGCACUGUCUGACGAGAACACGCGGCAUAUGUCGCACGAGGAGCUCACCCAUGAACUCGCCAGCCGCUUCGCCAACAAGUGCUUCACUUCGCUUGAACUCUACUCCUUCAAAGAUGUCUUCAAGAGCCUGGCAGAUCAUCAGGGCGACAUCCGCUACCUAAAGGAAGAUACCCUCGCCCGCUUCCUCGAGAUACCCGACGUCCUCCAUGUCUCUCCCGUCGUCUUCCAGAUGCUGUCCUACAUCGGUGCCUUCCCCUUUCUCCAGGACGCCCCCGCUGUCCUCGGUCUUGAUCAGAUGGUUAUGGUGGUCGUGAUCAUGACACAGAGACACAAGCGGGUCCUGGCCAAGGGUGCGACCGACCGCGCCAAGCUCAUCUUCAAGAGUCUCGCAGUCCACGACCGUCGCGCCUCCGAAGCCGCGGUCGCCGCCGAGGAGGCUUCCAAGGAGCAGCAGACGGCCGAGUCACAACCCCGGAGCCAUGUUGCAGGUUUCGCGGUCGACGAGCCGGCGGAGGAGCCGGAGGUCGACGACGACGACGAUCUUGAGAUUGCCGCCUUCGAGCUCCUCGACAUCAACGAUGCCGUCUGGCAAGGCGACGCUCCAAGGAUGCAAGGCGCCAUGAUUCCAGCCGACAACUUUCGCCGACUGCUUAUGUUGCUCAUCUUGGUCGCCCCGCUGAAUCCCCAAGAGAGGCUGUCCAUGUAUUCCACCCGGGUGACGGGCGACGAGCUGGAUAGUCUCCGUGCCACUGCCGACAACAUCCUGGCUGCUUUCUUGAAUGUCGAAAAGGCUCCCGGCAUCAAGUUCAGUCGGUACAACCGCGUUUUGCCCGUGUGCUUCCCUAACCUCUUCAACGGGUUUAGCCCCCUGUUUGAGCACUUCCUCUUUUCCAAGAACCUUGACUUCACAAAACCCAGAGGCGAAGCAUCAGCAUCCGAAAAGCAACCGGAAGAGAUCCUGCAGCCUCUGCUACCGGAACCCGGCGAGAUUCUCAACUUGAACGUUCUUUCUCAAUUGUCCUUCUUCCUACCAGGAUCAGACCUGUUUAGGCGACUGAGACCCCUCUAUUCCGGCAACAAGGACGGUUUCUCCACGGGAAGCUUCGAGAGCAAAGUGUUCAACUGGAGAGCGCCCACAAUACUUCUUGUGCGUGGCACUCGCAUCGACGACGACCCACAAGGCAGCCAAGAAACAACUUUUGCGGCAUCGAUCCCUCCGCGCCGGUUCCCAAACGGCAGCAAGGGAGAGCGUCUCACCUUCGGCGUGUACGUCAGCCAUCCUUGGAAGCAUACCACGAAGGAAACCUUUGGCGAGAGAGACACGGUGCUUUUCCAGCUGGAGCCGGUCCACGAUGUUUUCCCGGCCUCCCGCUACAACUCAGAAUUCAUUUCCUUUACCAAGGCGCCCACCAACCGGCCCAUGCUGGGAGUGGGAUGUCCUCAUCCUCGACAAACGCAAGCCCACCGGCGAAACACGAUGUUGUCUCUUGGCUCCGUUUCGUUACUGCUGGACGACUCGUUCGAGUUCGGCGUCUUCAAUCAUGAUUGGACCGCUGGCGGGGGAGCGUUCGAAACGAGCGUGUCGCGAAAGUUUGACUUCCAGGACCGCUUCGAAAUCGAGAGCCUCGAGGUAUGGGGCUGUGGCGGCGACGAGGAGGCGAAAUCGCAGGCCGAGCGUUGGGCCUGGGAGCACCGGGAGGCGGAGGCCCGGCGGAAGAUCAACUUGGGAACCGGCGAUAUCGAGGCCGACCGCGCAUUAUUGGAGAUGGCUGGGCUCGUGGGCAACCACCGGAGUGGUGGCUCCAUGGUAUGAAUCCGUAAUGCGAUUCUUUGAGGUAGUCGUCAGCUUUCCCAGCUGAUGAUGCUGCGCGAGUAUUGAUACCAAAACGUGGCUGCGCUGGUUCUUAUGGCGUUUUGGGCUGAGCGUACAUGUGACCUAUAGAUUGUUAGGUUACGACAAUGAGUCUUUCACGCUUGGUUGUUGUUCGCUGAGCCCAUCGAAGGGGUUUUGCUACGCUGUAUCGGAUCUGAUUCUCUCAACUUCGCAUAGAAAGCAAAUCUCGGCAUACGCAUUACUUUUCCAGUAUCUUUGACGUGGGCCGUAGCUUGAAAAGUACGUUCUAUUGCAAUGACAAAGUUGUCCAGGCCCUUUUGCAGACACAACGACACCAACGGCUUUCGUAAAACGCCUUCCUGGUGUA